UCCAUCCUUCACAUUUCUAUUUUUAUCACACUUUGCGAAUGCUUCCUCGGAAUCACUCCCAAUUGGGCUCUGUGGAAGCGCAUUUUCUGCCUCCGCCGUAAUGGCUCCCACAACGUCACUUAUAACAUAGGUGGCGUUGUUAUCUGUGUUCGGACUGAUGUCGAUUAUUUCGACGUCAAGUUUCCUGAUUCUGUCCAAGGAUGGCGCAAAAAGUGGCUCUACAUCCACGAAGAAAGCGCCAAUUCUGUGGAGCACAACAUAGUUCCUUUCGACGGAAGUGCCAAGAUUCAGCGUCGCCGUUCCUGGGAUGCCGAAGCUUCUGAAGAAGAGAAAAAAGCGACAGAGGCGCUCAUGGCUCGUAUCCGUCAUCUUCAAAACACUCGAGGCAAAGAGCUAUCUGGUGUUCAAAUUACUGCCUACUUCCUUAGGAUUAGAGUGCAGCCUCUUCAGGCUCGCAAAAAUCCCCUUUGGACGUAUUCUGGUGAAAAUGACGCCAACAGAAUCUCCAGUGAUCUUUCUGUAAAGGACUUGGAAAAAUUGGUUCGAAGAAUUUCUCGAUUAGGCAAGAAGGAUCCUAUUCCCUCCUCCUGUCGAGUGGAACCAUACAGUGCUUCCAAUCCUCUUCCCGAGAAUCAUCCUACUAUGGCCUCCCUUCCUCCUCUUCCUGAGGAUGGAGAGGUCGAAGAAAGAGCCGUUGUCGAUGAUGUCAACCAGGAGACCCCCUCUUUUGUGAAUGAACCCGCAGAUUCUCGAAAAUCUGCGGGAUCUACUGAGAAGGAUGCUGCCUCUGAAGAUACAACAUCAGCGCAAUCUCCUCCUCCUGCUGUUUCUCCGAAGAGCAAAAGGAAAAGGAGCAAUGCCGAAGAUUCCGGGACCUCGAAACCCGAAGAAACUGCUCCUGCACCUCAAAAAGCAACUUAUGAUCCAUACAUCGAGAGUAUCAUCAGCUCUGAUGAUGAAGAAACACCAACUUUAGAUGUGGCUGCUCGUACGAGCACGUCACAUACUUUAGUUAUUUCAGAAAAACCAGUUGAAGGGGAGGAAUCGUCGCCUCCUCAACAAAAUGUUAAUACAUCUACUCCUCCUUCGAGCCCCCGUGCCCCUUCACCAAAAAGGGCACGGGUUGAAAAGAUUGUUGAUCCUGCCCCUCAGUUGGGCAGUUCGUCGACUCUGCUCUUAGAUGAUCCAAUGAUCAAAGAGCUUCUUCGGAUCGGGUCCCAAUUUGUUGGGUACCGUGAAUAUGCCGCUAGAGCCGAAGGUAACGACUUUUAUACUUGCUAUUUUUCUUUGACUUUCUAUUCCUGUUGCUUGUCGCUAUUUUUUGAUCUUUCUUUUCUUUCUUUUUCAUAUCUCGACAGAAAAACUUUCAGAGGCUAACGAACGCGCCGACGCACUGGCUCAAAAACUUGAGCAAAGUGAGGCGGCUCGCAAGAAAGCCGAACUCGCUGCUAGCAAAGCCAAGGUCGAAGCUGAUGAAGCUAAGGCGAAAGCUGCUGGUGUCGAGGAACUGCAGAAGAAACUUGAGGAUGCGACAGCUGCCUUGGAUGAGCACAAAGCUGCACAAGCUUCUCGUGACGAAGGAAUCCUCAAGCGUUUGAAGUCGCAAAGUCGACGUACUCUGAGUAAUAUUAUCAAUCCCUUUUAUUUUACUGCACUUCCUGUUUCUUGGUUGUUGACUGAUGUCUUGUCUCGUGUGGCAGCCCAAACAAACCAGGAUUUUGAUCUGGAUAAUCCUGUCAAUGACCCUCUCCUUGAUGCACUUUCUCUUCUGGAGUUCCAUGGGCGCGAAAUUCGUGAAGGCGUGGCCAAUGCCAGUGCAAGUUUGUCGGCGUUGUUCCCCUACUUCUUCCCGAAGAAAGAGGAACCUUCGACUUUCCUUGCCCUUGCCAAGCUUUUCAAUUCGUCGGAAGACCUGGGAUUGAAGAUGCGUCAGGAGAAUAUG